AAAACAGGCUACAGCUGCUACAACUAGAGACAACACCACCAAGGUCCGAGUAAGUUGGAGGCUGUGAACAUUGAAUAUUGAUUGACUCCAACUCCCCAGCCCAAGUUUGGGGUUGAGGCUCAACCGGUCCGAGUGUCCCGCCCACACCCACACUGGGUCGGGCUUAGAAAUGGAGGCCGAGGCCGAAGCCACCGAAGCCAGCGACCCUCUGGCUUUAGUGACCGUGGAGCCGGCUCCGGCUCACGAAGCCCGGCCGUGCUGGUUGUGCUCGCAUCAAGCGCCCAACCUCAAGAAGCUCAAGACCCACCUGCUCCUUAAACACGGCCAACAUCACCAUUUGUGCCUCUUUUGCGUGGACAAGAAGGGCUGGAGCGACUCAUUCGCCUCCAACGCCCAAUACAACCAACACUACGAGGCCCGACAUCGCGGACUCAUCGCCGAUCCGCGUGCCUGGCAGGCCCAGGACCGCGAGCGCAAGAGUCGCAUCAAGGCGCGAUUCCGCGAGCAAGUCCGACAAGCCCAAGCCCAAGGCCGACCUAUGCCGCGACGUGAGCGACUGGGCCGCGAUCACUGUCUCCUCUGUCCCAAUAAACCGGCCUUUGUCACGGACUUGGCCUUCCAUCAGCACCUAAUCGCCGCUCAUCACUACGACUACUGCAAGAUCUGCGACCUGAUCGGACCGCGACACACGGUGCGCUAUCACAUCACCGAUCGCCAUACUCAUCAGUUGUGCCACGUGUGCGGCAGCUCCAGUCCGCGAUUCCGCGAUGCCGCCAGUUUAUUAGCCCAUUGGCAGCAGUCCCAUGGUUUCGAAUUGCAUCGUUACCAUUGCUUUGAUUGCCCCGCCCCUCAUCGACCGGUUUUCACCAACCUCGAGCAAUUGCGGCAUCAUCUUCUCGACGAGCAUCUAACUCGUGGCGAUGUCUUGCGACCCAUGCGCAAACGUCGCGGGUUGGCCGGUCCGGAUCCCAUGGACGAUCUGACUGAACCGCCCGUGCCCCCGCCCCAAAUCGCCACUGUCCGUGGGCUGCCCAAUGCCAGUGGCCAAGAUUGCUUCGCCAUUUCCGUCCUCCAUUUAUUAGCCCAGACGGAUUUGGGGCAGCGCCUCGAUCCGCCCACCCAUCAUCGUCAUCAAUGCACCGUGGCCAGUUGCGUUCUGGGCCAUUUUUUGCAAGAUUAUGCGAAAGGAAGUGCGGGUUUGGAUGCGGUACGGGUAUUUCAGAACUACGCCCAUUUUGAGGUGAGCCACUUACCCGUGGAUUGCGGCGAUUUUCUGCGAGGCGCUCUCAAUCAAUGUGCGGCCAGUCCGGCGGAACAUCGCGGGUCCAUGGACCUGGAUCCGGCCUUCAAGAUGUUCCUUCAAUGGAAGUUUGAGUGUGAUAAUUGUCAAAGAUUCGUAGUGUCCUCGUGUAAAGAAUAUGUCUUGAAAAUUAACGGCUCCCAGUCCGGCAGUUUGUCGGAACUCUUGAAUAAGUUUUUGCACGAACGGGUGUGUCGCUGUGGGGCCCUGUGUCAGGUGUAUCCCGCGGUCAAGCAAGCCGGUCAAUACAUCUUUGUCGAGAUUGAUCGGGCUUUUAACACGGACGGGAGUGACUCCAAAGAGAUUGCCUUAUAUUCGUUACAAUUACAAGACACCUACAGUAUUUUUGGCUUCCAAUACCGUGUGAUUGGAACCGUGCAUUAUGACUUAGAAAACCUGCAAGGCGGACACUAUGUGACCCGCAUAUUUUCCGACCCGUUGGAAUGCAUCACCAUUCACGAAAACAAGAUCCAAACCGAGCGCAAAAAGCCGGAUUUUGAUGCCGAUGCUGUCAUUGUGGCCCUGAAGAAAAUUGAGAUAACCUCCUCCAGUAAUGAUCUCAAGCGAAUAGAACUGGAAAUUGAAUAUGAAAACCAAUCGCUCGAGAUCGAGUCAAACCCACCGGAUGCCGACAACCACCCCAAAAGUCCUGAACCUUCGACAUCGAAGCUUUCCAAACCAAAUUCGGCGGGAGAAGAAGAUGCUCGUUCCAAUGAAGGAGCCUGUCCAUCGGGAUCAAAUCCCGGGGGUGAUUUCAAAGACGAUAGAGAACUGUCGAGUGUCAUUGAUCUGCCCAAGAGUGUGUCCAUGAAGGCCAAGAAUCAAAUGAUUUUGGAUGUGCUCGCAGAGAGUGAAUUUUGAAUGGCUACUUUACCGAUGAUGUCUAACAGAUCAAUAAAAAUAGCAAUUUUUUUCGUUAGUUAUA